AUGUCAAGUAAAUCUUCCGUCAAACUUCCUCCAGUAAAACCAAAGAGACCCAAAUCAAAGCGUUCAGGGCGUAUCAAGAAUGCAGCAAAAACAAAGGUCAUAGUACGUCGGUUACCUCCUUUAUUACCUGAAAAAUUAUUUCUGGAAACGGUCAAACCUUGGGCAAAUGAAGAAACCACUGAUUAUUAUCGUUUUCAUCAAGGAAGAAUAAAGUGUAUAUUCUCUCGUGCAUAUUUUCAUUUUAAGACUGUUGAACAAGUUUUGGAAUUCCAUCGUGCUUUCGAUAAUCAUUUAUUCAUUGAUAGAAAUGGGGUAGAAAAUAGAGCAGUAGUGGAAUUCGCCAUUUAUCAAAAAUUACCAAAAGAACAUAAGAAACCAGAUCCCAGACAAGGAACUAUUGAAACUGAUCCUGAUUAUAUUGCAUUCGUUGAAUCAUUGAAAUCCGAAGAAUUUCAACUGCAAAAUAUUUCAAAAGAACCAGGUGUUCUUUUAGAAGGUGGUGCCACGCAAUUAGAAAGAUUAGAAAAUCGAUUGGCUGUAGCUGUAGCCAACGCUGCUGCAAAUGUACCAGAAAAACCUAAAUCUACACCUUUACUUGAUUAUCUACGUGCUCAAAAAUCAGGUGCAAAAUCAAAAUCACCACCACCACUAACAAAACAACCAAGUAUUAUUUCUUCACCUGGAUCACCUUCAAAGGGUGGAGUAGGAAUAGGAGGAGGUGGUGGAUCAAAAGUGAAACAAUCACAAAUCCGGGGUGGUAUUGGUAGUAAUAGUACUAAUAAUAGCACACCAUCAUCAUCACAACUACCAACACCAGCUGAAGUUAUAUCACCACCUUCUAGCCCUAGUAAAUUCGUUAGAAAAGAACGUGAACGUAAAAGAAGAGAAAAAGAAAGAAAGGAAAGAGAAAGGGAAAGGGAACGGAAGGAAAAAGAUAAAAUUGGUAACAAAGAAGUGGAAACAACUAUAGAUGAAAGUGAACAAGAUAAAGAUAAAAAUAAUAAUAAGGAUACUGUAACAAGUAGUAGUCAAAAUAAAGAAAGUAGUUAUCAACAAAAUAAACCUUCUACAUCUUCAGCUGUUACUACUCCAAAAACUGAUUCAACAACUUCCACCACCAAUAAUACUCAUAAUAAUAGUAUGCCACCUCCAUCAAGAAGACCUACUAGAGGUUAUUUCUCAAAACGAGGCAGAUGGUAA